AAUAAAAAACUCCUGUCCCGCUCGUCAGCUCUAAAGCGCUUUGAACCCAGACACACGGCAGCCUGGUGGUGUUUCAUUUCACCGUUGCAGCAGCAUGUCUUCAGACAUUACCACGGACUUGGACGCGGAGCUGGGCGCGCUGCUGCUUGAGUUCCAGGAUGUGGUGGAGGAGCUGAAGGCCCCGUCUCAGAGCAAACCCGACGCUUACCAACACGUUUUGCACGAGGCCAAAAGUCGCACGGGGCUGGGGGACGACAGUGGAGUCGAGGACUCAGAUUACAGCAGCGAAGCUUCUAUGGGGAACAGUUUGAACACCAGCGAGGAGGAGCUUCACACAGCAGGCAUAAUGCUGGCACCGAAAGCCAAGCUGGGAGACACACGGGAACUUGAGGACUUUAUUGACAUGCUGCACCGGGAAGUUGCUGAGAUGUGAACAAAGAGGGGAAAAUGAGUCACAUGGUGGAGGGAGAAAGAGGCUGCGGGCGACACGGCUGGCGUCUGCCGAGCAGAAAGUGAGAUCUACACCAGAGCAGAUCUGAUGGAGCAAACGCUCCCCUUGCCGCUCCAGGGGAAAAGGUUAACAUGAGAAAUUAAAAGGGCAGUCCGAUCCGAAAUGCAAGAACACCCCCAGAACCCUGGCAACGCCGCUUCAGGCCGGCAACGGCGGCGGCAGCAGAUCCAAGAAGUGUGACAUAUUCCCCAAACAGCACAAAGCUUCCAUCUGUCCCAACAUAUGACGAAAAGCUGCCCGCCAUAUAGUCAACAUGUGCCAUAUUUUACAUUCCCAUAAGUGCCAGCAAAGGAUGUAAAUCCCCAGUGUUCUAUAUUUGUAAAGAGAUUGACUUUUGUGGAGUUUAAAAUUACAUUGGCACUUUAACUGAUAACUAAUUUGACGUUAAAAGGAUUUAGAUCUGCUGUAUAGCGCCGUGUGCUGACUCCUCCACUGUAUUGUUCUUGUUAAUAUUUUUUUAAGCUCGAGAGUGUUGUACAGAUUAAUGUAUUUCUAAAUAAAACUUGAUUUUAAUUGCAA